AUGGAGACGCAAGUUUUAGAUAUUGUGGCGAACUUUCUGAAAGUCGAUUCUUUAGACGAAGCGUUCUUGACCGUAAUUGUUUACAACAAACAAAACAGUGAGGCUGACAAAGCCGCAAAGUUUACCAACGACUUUGUGACCGCAUUUGGAAAUGUGCCACCGGAGAAUCGGGAUCAGGUGCUUAUCGCUGUGCUUGGCCGUGCUGCCGAUGCCAGUUGUUAUAAGCACAUGCAAUUGCUUAUGGGGGUGCUGCCUAAGUUGGUAGAGGCUCACUUAAUAACAGCAAGAGUGCUUUGUGACAAGGCGCUAUCCUGUGAAAAGCUAGACUACGAGCACAAGUCUUUCUGGAUCGAAACAUUUAGGCUUAUUAAGAAGGUCAUUGUGCAUGUUGACUACAAGGGUGUGCGCGAAAUUUUAAAGCUAUGUCGGGACAAGACGCAAUGGUUUCCACUCAAUGUAAACGUCGCUUACCUGCCGCAAUUGCUGGCUUUAGAAGAUUUGCUUCGAUUCAUAUUUGAUCGGAAUAACUGUUUGCUUCCGGCUUACUUUGUUGCCAAUGAGAUAAUGCGCCCAUUUCCCUAUCAUUGGAAACUAGUUAAACUGAUGACGGAUUUUGUUGAAGAGUUCCGGUCAACUGCGCAAAUGGUAUCAAUUAUUGGACAUGUCCAUAUGCUACCAAUUGUAGAAAAUUUCGGUUAUGCUGAUAAUAUGAUGUUCUCAUGGAAGCUGGACCACAGUACGCUGAAGUUUAAUUUUAGAGGCAGUUUGCCUUACGAACCGGAACUUCUACAGGAACAGAUUCCUUUGCUACGAUAUGUUCUGGAUCAGCCAUAUUCACGGGAAAUGGUAUCGGUUAUGUUAAACCUACAGAAGCAUCAGAAGCAGCGCUAUAAUGCAUUGGAAGAACAGCUAGUCAACCAGAUAAUACAAGCUAUGGAGAUGACGGAAUCAAUUGAUGUAACGUUGGGUAGUGGUUUUAAUUCCUGUGAGGAGCAGAUAACACACUACGAAUGGGUUUGGUUGCAUCUCUCAUCGCAGUUAAUUUAUUUUGUACUUUUCCAAUUUGUUAGCUUCAUGCACAUUGUACUGUCGCUUCAUGAGAAGCUUUCGAAACUGGAGCUGCGCAAGGGGCGCGAUCAACUUAUGUGGAUACUUUUGCAGUUUAUAUCGGGCAGCAUACAAAAGAAUCCGAUGUCUAAUUUUCUGCCCGUUUUUAAACUGUUUGACCUAUUGUAUCCCGAGCCGGAGCCCCUAAAACUACCGGAUUAUAACAAGUCUUCCAUGGUACGUGCUAUGGCGCCUAUAUGUAUAUGGAUUCAUUUAAUAAAAAAGGCUCGGGUAGAAAAUAUUAAUAUAACACGACCGUUGCCCAUUGCCUUAAAAAAUCACCACGACUUCCUACAACAUCUGAUUUUACCGAGCACUAUGAUGAAUAUGAGUCUGGGAAACGACUUUCGCAUCAUGCUUAUUUGCAAUGCGUACUCAACCAACCAAGAGUAUUUUACACGUCCCAUGAAUAUUUUGGUUGAAACGCUCGUUGGUAACGCCAAGGCAGCUGUUCCCUUUUCUGUAGGCGUCCUGGACAGUCUCACCGUACACAGCAAAAUGUCGCUCAUACAUAGUUUUGUCACUAAUAUGUUAAAACUGGCAUCUAGCAAAGGUUCCGUGCCGACCCCUGCGCUAAUUGAGACUUACUCCAGACUUUUGGUGUACACGGAAAUUGAAUCUUUAGGCAUAAAGGGCUUUUUGACGCAAUUGCUGCCCGUUGUUUUCAAGAAUCACGCGUGGGCGCUGCUCCACAUGCUCAUGGAAAUGUUCUCAUAUCGUCUGCAUCAUGUACCCACGCACUAUCGCAUGCAACUGUUGUCAUUGCUCCAUUCGCUGGCCUCCGUACCACAAACAAAUAAAAUGCAAUUAAAUUUAUGCUUUGAAUCAACGGCACUGCGCCUUAUAACCAGCAUAAGUUCUGCCGAACUGCAGUCACAGCUCUCGCGUUACUUUAACGACAAAUCACCCGGCACUGUGGCUUCCAACGAAAGUGAAGAACUGAAUCGAGUACUCAUUUUGACGCUCGCACGUUCUAUGCAUAUAGCCGGCUCAGGUGAUGAGUUACAGGGCUGGUGCAAGGAGUUAUUCGCCAACAUAAUGCAACAUACUCCACACUCUUGGGCAUCGCACUCGUUGGCCUGUUUUCCGCCAGCAUUGAGCGAGUAUUUUACCCAAAACAAUUCACCAGCGGAGAACAAGCAGUUGCUAAAGAAGUCAGUGGAAGAGGAAUAUCGAAAUUGGACAUCAAUGUCAAAUGAAAAUGAUAUAAUUGCGCACUUUUUACGUCCAAACACAAAUCCAUUAUUUUUGUGUCUUUUGUUUAAGAUGAUUUGGGAGACGGAGAACAUCAGUCCCGUAGCCUACAAAAUCCUGGAAGGUAUUAGCGCUCGCGCCCUAUCAACGCAUUUGCGUAAAUUCUGCGAUUAUCUUGUGGUUGAAGUGGCCGUUUCUUCGGAUCGCGACUUUAUACACAAAUGCGUGGACACGAUAAAUAAUAUGAUCUGGAAAUUUAAUGUAGUUACCAUAGAUCGCGUCGUACUCUGUUUAGCGCUGCGUACUCACGAGGGCAAUGAUGCGCAAGUCUGUUUUCUUAUCAUACAACUACUCCUGUUGAAAGCCUCCGAGUUGCGCAAUCGCUUGCAAGAAUUUUGUAAGGAAAAUAAUCCCGACCAUUGGAAGCAGAACAACUGGCAUGACAAGCAUCUAUCUUUCCAUCAAAAGUAUCCCGAGAAAUUUGCUCCUGACGAAUCUGCCUCCCAGAUGCCCUUGCCAGUUUACUUUUCCAAUGUUUGUUUGCGCUUCCUACCCGUACUGGAUGUUGUUGUACAUCGUUUUAUUGAACUGCCAAUUGCAAGCGUGCAUCAAAUUCUGGAAUUCAUACUGGAUCACUUAAGCAUACUUUACAAGUUUCAUGAUCGGCCCAUCACCUAUCUCUACAACACUUUGCAUUUCUAUGAACGUAUUCUGCGGGAUCGCCCAUCGCUGAAGAAGAAACUGGUAAGCACUGUGACCAGCGCCUUUAGUGACAUACGUUCACCGAAUUGGAGCGUGAGUGAGCCCUAUAAGGUAUUUCUGCACAGCCCAGACCUACUAUGGACUCCAGAAUUGAAUUACUACAUAAAUCUCAUUCGUCGUUUGUCGGAGACUAUAAGCGGCAAAAACGUGUUCUUUACGACCGACUGGCGUUUUAACGAGUUUCCAAAUGCACCGACGCAUGCUCUCUAUGUAACUUGUGUUGAGCUGCUCGGCUUGCCCGUUGCGCCUUCAAUGGUUGCCAACAAUUUGAUCGAUGUUAUUGUCAUUGGCUAUGCUCUGAUACCACAAAAAGAAAUUCACGGCUAUAUUAAUGCCGUUGGCAUUGUAAUGGCUGCUCUGCCAGAGCCGUAUUGGAGUGGAAUCUACGAUCGCCUGCAAGAUGUAGUCAACUCACCGAACAUGAUAAAUUGGAAUUACCGUUUUAGCGCAUUCGAGUUGUUUAAUUUUAAAAUCGUGCGCCAAGCAAUGGUCGAAAAGACAUAUGCGCUUGUUCUAGCCGUUGCGCAUGCGGUUUUCCACCACAUGGGAACAUUUAAAUUGAUUGCCAUGGUCAGAUAUCUGAAGGAAAAGCUGAAGCCAUUUGUACGCACAGAACCUCAACUUUUGUUCGUUUGCCAUGUAUUUGGACCGUUUCUGACGCGUAUUGAUCAAGAAAAACCGAAUGCAGUGCCAGGCUUAGCUAUUUUGCUUUACGAAAUGCUUGAAGUUGUUGACAAACAGCACGGUCCAAAGCCUCUCAAGUAUAUGGAUCAGAUAUGUGAUUUCCUAUAUCACAUCAAGUACAUACAUGUGGGAAACUUUAUCAAAAACGAAUCGGAUGCAAUUAUCAAACGGCUGCGUCCGGUACUGCAAAUGCGCUUGCGCUUUAUUACCCAUCUCAACCUGGAGGAGAUACAUACGGAAAAGAAUGCCGACACGAAUUCUAACAGUAUUUUAGGCGCCAAUACAAAUCAACCAAUAACACAAACGCCGAUGCAGCCGCAUCAACCACAAAAAACUGCAACAACAAAUGUACCACUGGGCAGUGGCAAUGUGCAGCAGCAGCAACAACAACAACAGCAGCAACAACAGCAGCAACAACAACAGCAACAACAACAACAGCAACAACAACAGCAGCUACAACAGCAGCAGCAACAACAACAACAGCAGCAGCAGCAACAACAACAACAACAGCAGCAGCAACAGAUGAAUCAACAGCAAAUGUACAUGCAACAUAUGCAGCAACAGCAGCAACAGCAACACAUGCAAAAUAUGGGCUUGCGACACAACUAGAUAGGCAGAAAAAUCUUCAAUAAUUUGCAACUAGGAUUAGAAUUAGGAAUUUAAGCCGAAACGAUACCCAGAACACCGACAAUUUAAGCCAUGUUGGCUAUUUGAAAAUUUUAUCGGGGAGCUCGGUGGAUUAGAAUUAAUUUUUGAUGAAUACAUUUUCAUAUAAUACUAAAGAUGUAAAGUUGUAAUAAUUACAUUCUUUUUUAAAUAUAAACAAUAUCUUUAAGUUAAAAGAUUGUUUUCACACUAAAAUGGGGAAAAGUAGUACAUAGUGUGCAGUUAAA